AUGACGGGCCAUGUAACCAUUAGAUUGGCUUCUGAAAGAGUGAACCAUUGUGUUAAUCCUAAUAAUGAAUUACCUCGAUUUUAUACACCAGGAGAGGUUAUCAGUGGCAUGCAAGAUUUUAUGCGAGGUCAUGGCACGUAUGUGGAAGAUGACUGCAUAAAAUCUUCAGUUGCUGGUGUAAUGCAAAAAGUAAACAAAUUAAUUUGUGUGAGGCCUCUUAAAAGUAGAUAUGUUGGUGAAAUAGGUGAUGUUGUAGUUGGUAGAGUCUUGGAAGUUCAACAAAAGAGAUGGAAAAUUGAAACAAACUCUCGCUUAGAUUCUGUUUUGCAAUUGUCAUCGGUCAAUUUACCUGGAGGAGAAUUGCGACGCAGAUCUGCAGAAGAUGAGCAAAUGAUGAGGAAACAUUUGUGUGAGGGUGACCUAAUAAGUGCUGAAGUUCAGAGUGUUUUUUCUGAUGGUUCACUAUCUUUACACACCAGAAGCUUGAAAUAUGGCAAAUUAUCACAAGGUGUGCUAGUAAAAGUGUUUCCAUCACUGAUUAAACGUAGGAAGAACCAUUUUCAUAAUUUACCAUGUGGCAUUUCAAUAAUUAUUGGUAAUAACGGAUAUAUAUGGAUUAGCCCACAGCAACAAAAUAUUGUUGUUGAACAGAAUAAGGAUGAAAUUGAAAACUAUGAAGUCCAGCCAAUAAGUAGGUCAGAUAGAGAAAUCAUCGCAAGAUUAAAAAACUGCAUUGCCGCUCUAGUUACUUCCAAAAUGAUGCUUGACGAUUCUAGUAUAAUGUUUGCAUAUGAAGAAAGCCUAAGAUAUGACGAUGUUAAGGAACUGCUUGAUCCAGAAGCCAUGUUGGAUGUUGCAUUUCUGACCCAGCACAGGUUGAAUGAAGUUAUGGAAGAA